GGAAUUACUCUGUGCUUCUGUGCUCGUACCGGUACUUCCAGUCCAUUUCUUGUUGUGUUUCGGAUCUUCCUUGUCCUCUCGGCACCCUUCCUUGGCUUGCUGUGAUCCGAAUAGUUGUCCAAGGCUGUGAAAAUGGCGUGCGAUUUGAAAAAGAACAAAGAUGCCAUGCAGGAGGCAUUCGAGGAUGUCCGCAGCGAUUCUGACAAUGAUUGGGUUGUCUUUGGUUAUGAAAAGGACAAUCGCACGCUGAAGGUCAACGAAACCGGAGAGGAUGGAUAUGACGAGAUGGUUGAUGAGCUGGGUGAGACCAAGGCGGUGUACGCCAUCAUCAAGCUGAAGGACCCCAACUCCGGCUUGCCCAAGAUGCUGCAGGUCAACUGGCUGCCCGACGGCCUGCCCGCUGCUGUAAAGGCGGUCGUUAGCCGGCACGUGAUGGACGUGGAGCGAUUCUUUCCCGGCGUGCACGUACGCCUGAAUGCCCGAUAUGACGACGAUGUCACUGAGAAAGUACUGCUGGACAGAAUCUCCAAGGCAUCCGGUGCCAACUACGGCAUCCACAAGGAAAAGAAGAAGGACUACGGUCCCGUUGCAAAGACUGGCACUAACUACGUCAAGACGGACGCUACCAAGGAGGUGGACGUCAAGAAGCGUAACGAGUACAUGAACAAACAGCAUCAAGAAGAUGAGAGACGCAAGGAGGAAGACAUCAAGCGUCAGGCCGCCGACCGUGCCGUCGCCGACAAGGAGAGGAGAGCACGCGAGGACAAAGAGGCGGCUGCUCGUAAUUCGACAGCUGACCGCAAGGCAAAGGAGGUGCAGGCCAGAAAAGAUGCUGAGGUGGCUGAGCGAAAGCGUGAAGAGGAGGAGGCUCGUGAGAGAUGGCGUGCAGAGCAGGCUGAAGAAGCAGAGCGCAUGACGGAAGCAGAGCAGUCCGCAGAAGACGAUAAGAAGCGCCAAUGGGAAGAGGAGCGUGAAAGAAUUUCUGGCUGCAAGUCGUCCACCAUGACCGAUGAGGACCGUGAGGAUGCUUGGCAGCAGGAGAAGGAACGCGUCUGGGAAGAGGAGCGUGAACGAAUCCGCCUGCAGCGUGCCGAGCAACAAUGCGAUGAUGGACAGGACGAGGACGAGAAAAGGGUCGCAAAGGCUGCUGCCUGGGAGGAGGAGAGAGCGGCAAUUUCCGCUCAUGUGCGCACUGGACACCAGCAAGAGGAAGAAGCCGAACCACAGCAAGAGUAUCAAGAGGAGCCCCAGCAGUACCAGGAAGAAGAACAGCAGUAUCAGGAGGAGCCCGAGCAACAAGAAUACCAGGAGGAGCCCCAGCAACAAGAAUACCAGGAGGAGCCCCAGCAACAAGAAUACCAAGAGGAAGCUCUUCCAUCUGAGCCAGAGGCCGCGGCUGGCAGCGGUGUCACCUGCCGCGCACUGUAUGACUAUCAAGCCGAGGAUGACACCGAGGUCAACAUCGACCCAGAAGAGAUCAUCACCGACGUCGACCAAUCCGAUGCCAACUGGUGGGUGGGCACCAACUCGCGCGGUGAGCGUGGCAUGUUCCCAUCCAACUACGUUGAAGUGUGUGAAUAACUGUCGUUCGCUCUCUAUGUCGCCGUGCUUGGCGACACGCUGGUGUUAGCUGCUUGCUGUCCGUUACCCGUCGGCUGCUUGCUUUGUUUGGUGUUCUGUUUGUUCAUAGUCCUAGCUUAUGUCCCUAUCCGUCUAACGCGUCUCUCGUUGAUCCCCUUAAUCCUGCUGCCUUUGCUUGCAUUGCUGCAGGCAUAUCCCUACCUGUUGCCAGACGGGCAUUCUUCAAGUUAGUUAUUUUCUAUUCUAUUUUCCCUUUUUUUAUAUUGAUUGUUAAUCACUCUACAAGUAGAUGUUAAAUCAUGUGACCAUGGAUUUGCUUAGAAUGUAACUGCUCUGCCAGUCGACUUCUUGUCGUGGUGUUGCGCUAUCAGCUGAGAUUACUCUGUGAAUAACCCAUACGAAGUCAAUGCCAUUGCUCAGGUCAAGCCCUGAUAAUAUAACCUCCGAGACUGAGGAAACGUCAUGUAUCAUUCAA